UUAUGCAUCUUAUUUGAAAGUAUUUAGGUUUUUUUUACAUUUUAGUCGUUCCUCAAAUGAGAAGACGUAAAAGAUGGAGCUUCAUAUUUUAGAGCACAGCUUGAAAGUGGCGAGUAUAGAGAAAGAGGGGAUCCAGAUUUGCACUCACGGAUUAAUAAAACUCGCUUUCUUGGCCUCCAAAACAAGGUGCAAGUUUUUCAGCCUGACGGAGACUCCGGAGGACUACACCAUAAUCGUGGAUGAGGAGGGCUUCAAAGAGCUGCCCCAGUCAGAGCACAUCAGUGUCGCCGAUGCUACAUGGCUGGCCCUUAACGUGGUGUCAGGGGGCGGCAACGCCUCCAACUCGCAGCCAAUCGGAGUCACCAAAAUCGCUAAAUCGGUCAUUGCGCCGCUGGCCGACCACAACAUCUCUGUUUUCAUGCUGUCGACGUAUCAGACAGACUUCAUUCUGGUUCGAGAGCGAGACCUGCCGAUGGUCAUGCACACGCUGUCUUCCGAGUUCACUUUGCUUCGGGUCGUCAACGGAGAGACCGUUGCUGCUCACAAUCUGGGAGUCACCAACGGUUUUGUGAAGCCAAAGCUCGUGCCCCGUCCCAUCAUUCACCCCUUAUCUAGCCCCAGCAACAUGUUCUGUGUGACCAGCCUGGACCCAGACACACUGCCCUCUGUAGCCACCCUGCUCAUGGACGUCAUGUUUUACUCUGGAGGGCCGAAGGAGCCCGGAGCAUCCGGCGAGGACUCCAGCCACAUCCGCUUCUUCUCCUUCUCCCUGAUCGAGGGCUACAUCUCUCUGGUCAUGGACGAACAGACAACUCAAAGGUUUCCAAACAACGUCCUGUUCACCAGCGCUUCUGGUGAGCUGUGGAAAAUGGUUCGUAUCGGGGGACAACCUUUAGGAUUUGAUGAGUGCGGCAUCGUGGCUCAAAUAUCAGAACCGCUGGCGACGGCUGACAUUCCAGCUUACUACAUUAGUACCUUCAAGUUUGACCACGCCCUGAGGGUCAUGAAACCUCGUGUGUUCUCCAGGUUCCCGAAGAAAACAUCCAAAGCGUGAUCGGAGCUCUGCGGACCAAGAGCACGGCGCAGUGAAGGCAGGAAACGACGAAAACGACCGUUUUCAAAGUCAUUUCGUUCAAACGUUUAUCAUGUCCAAAAAGUGCCAAGAGCUUGUUAGCGGACUCCUGAGGAUCGGCUCUGACAGGAAGGGAUCUAACCACGAAGCGCGGGUGGCGGGCUGACGGCGUGUUCGGGAUGCCUUUGUUACUCGGUCAUUUUCCCUCCCCCACCCUCCUUCCUCUCUCGGCCUCCACUGCCCGCUCUGGUAGUUUUUCUUUAGUUUACCAGACUGAAUAUGUUUCUUUUCCUCUCUGAAGCUGCUUCUUCCCACUCCCUGACCCUCACGAGCACCAUACUGUAUUAGUUACAUAAUUCCUCUCGUGGAAGGAUGACGAAUGUACUCUCAAAAACGAAAGAAAUAUAUCUCAAGCUCUCCAUCUUUUUUCCUUUCGUUUCCCACAGGUCAUUUCUCAGUGCCAAGAUGUUUGAAUGCCUAAACCGAUGCCUUUGUCAAAAUACUGUUCAUGUGUGCAAUGGAAGGAGACAAUUUGUGAGCCGGCGGCGAGCGGCCGCCCGGCUGAGUAACGCGGUGUGUUUUCUGCUUUUGAUGGCUGUCGAGCGUGUUUUAAUCACAGCGAUGGUGUGACUGCUGGAGCCCCUCAGACCUGGAGGUUAAACUCACGGAUGAGGAAAUAGAUUCAUUCGCACUGUGAGCAGCAUGAGGGAUGGAGUUAGCGGGUUUUAAACAAAUCCUUUCUUUUUUUUAAUUGAUUCUUUGGCCUGCGGGCUCAGCUCAUGUGACAUUAAUCAAUGGCGUCAGAGUCACAUUUGAUUAGUUUAUGAAUCGAUCAUUUGAUCCAGAGAGAUGCGCGAUGCAGCUUCUCCAAAGCAAACGUUGGCUCAGUUUUAUUCUGUGAGUUCAGUAACUUUGGGGGGGUCAGACUAAAACAAGCAGCUUUAGCCUCCUGUAAAUUAUUUUAUAGAGACAUUCAAAGUUCCCAGAGGAUGAACCUUCAUCAUUUUUUUUAUCUAGCGCCACCAGCAGGUCAAAGUUCUCACUCAUCCAAUGAAAUAUCACAUCUACUGGAUGGAGGUUCACGGUUCUCAGGCGACGCGUCGUCACGAGUUUCUUUUUUAGUGAUUAUUAGCACAUUAGCAUGCUAACACUAGCAUACUGAACAGGGUAAACAUAACCUGCUAAACAUUCUUAUUGUUAACACUGUGAGUGUGAGCGUGUUAGCAACAAAUACCAGAACAAACACUUUUACAAUUAGAAAUAAAACGAUGAUUAAAGCUGCUGCCACAUAUAGAUUAAUAUAUAGAUACACCAGAGGUCAACCCUGACCCAUCACACAAAACACAAAGAAAACAACAUUACAACUAUAUUAUGAUGUUAAUAUAAUAGAAAUUAAUUGAUGGGAAAAUUAAGUAAAAUAAUCUUACAAUUCCUGUUGUUAUAAUGGCCACAAAAAGGGUCUAAAAUCCGUUUCUUCGUUCACGGCAGGACAUCGUUUUUAAAAAUCCGGUCGUAUCGUCAUUUAUAUGCAGAUUAAUUGUCAGUGACAUAUAACCUUUAGUUGCGGCCCUGCGUCAGAGCGAGUCAGAAAGGUCAACGAGUUGAGCUCGCUUAAUAGAAUAAUCAGACGAGAGGAUCGACCUCGUCUCUGUGCGUUAGCAGAGAGGCGAUUAGCUUAGCUUAGCAUAAAGACUGGAAACGGAGGAGAACAGCUAGCCGUGCCACCCACCAACACAUUUUAUCUGAUUUGUUUAAGGGGCUGCCAUCACUUGCUGCUCACAGUGUGAAACCGCUGAUGACGGAAACGUUCGCAUCUACAAUAGUAAUAAAUUACUGAGCCACUUUGACAAUGUACUAGAAUAAUGACUGAGUGCAAGCGUGCUAAACAUAAGCUAAGGUUCACACAGGGAUGGAACGGUUCCCUCCAGACCCUGGUGUCCAUUCUGGUCUUGAAGCUGCCCCUCCCCCGCCCCCGGUCUGCACUUUAAUGCAGGUUCCAGCCCCACAGGCCUGCUGUACUGAUGUGAAAACGGGGAGGGCUAUUUACUUUCCCGAGAUCCUGUCCAGAUGGGGAGAUUUCUGUUGGUCUUAAGCAUUUGGUGAUCAUGUUUCUUUCUUUCUUUUCUCUUUUUUUUUGUUUUUCCACGACACUUUGCACCUAACGGCGACCUUUCUUCUGAUCAGACGUGAUUAGUAGAAACUGUGUUCAUCAGUGUUAAAACAUGAGGAAGGCGACUUUUCUUCUGGUUCCAUUUCAAAGAAAACGUUAAAAGCUUUUCAUUUGGAGCUUCUUGUGUGGAAAAAAUAAACAGGCUUUUUUUUUUUUCUUUGGA